CUUCCCCUGGCGGACCAUUAAAGAUCCCAUUUCUCCUCUUCACUCUGCUUUUUCACGUCUCUCAAAAACCAUUCAUUUCUUGUUCUUCUCGAUUAGAUUCGUUUUCUUUCUCAGUUCCACCACAAUGAAUGGCUUCUCGGAUCUUAACUCUUCUGUGAGCAUCAGCAAACCUUCGCUCUCACAUCUUGCUCCUUUAGAAGCCAUUCUCUUUGAUGUUGAUGGUACUCUCUGUGAUUCUGAUCCAUUCCACCUUAUCGCCUUCCAACAACUUCUCCAACAGAUUGGUUUUAACAACGGUGUCCUAAUCGACGAGAAGUUCUACAUUGAGAACAUCGCUGGAAAACACAACUCUGAGGUUGCUCUAUCUCUCUUCCCUGAUGACGUUCCUAGAGGGUUACAGUUCUGUGAGGAAAAGGAAGCUCUUUACCGCAAACUUGUAGCAGAGAAGAUAAAGCCACUCGACGGGCUUAUAAAGCUAACCAAAUGGAUAGAGGAUCGUGGAUUGAAACGAGCUGCUGUCACAAACGCUCCAAAAGAAAACGCGGAGCUCAUGAUAUCCAAACUUGGUCUGACUGAUUUCUUCCAGGCAGUGAUUCUCGGGUCCGAAUGCGAGUACCCCAAGCCGCACCCGGGGCCUUACUUGAAGGCUCUCGAAGUGCUUAACGUGUCGAAGGAGCAUACGUUAGUGUUCGAGGACUCGGUCUCUGGGAUAAAGGCUGGAGUUGCAGCUGGAAUGCCUGUGGUUGGAUUGACUACAGGUAAUCCAGCGAGCAUGCUUGUGCAAGCGAAACCUGCUUUUCUGAUUGAGAACUAUGCGGAUCCAAAACUGUGGGCUGUGUUGGAAGAGCUUGAUAACAAGGAGAGUUCUCAAAAGGCUUGAGAGUGAGUGAGUGAGGAGCUUGUCGUUGUCUCACUUGUCUGGCUCGUGGAGCCUAAACAAGUAUUAGCAGCCUCUGACAUUUACCUUUUUUUUUUUUUAUCUUUGUUGAAUAUUCUUGUGGGAAUUUAUGACAAUGGAAGCUUUCAAAUAAAAAUAUUCUAUGUUCAGAAUA